CAGACGAUAUAUAACACCUGAACAAUUGAACAAUACGACAUGUAGACCACAUGAUUACUGAUACAUUUCAAACCUUCGUAAAAAGUAGAGAAUACAUAACUAUAUAAAAUUAGUAAAGCAAUAGCUAUACCAAAAAAGGAGAGUAAAAUUAAUAAAAUGAAAAGGAUUGCUAUAAUAGGCGCCGGCGCUAGCGGGCUUACCGGAAUAAAAUGUUGUUUAGAAGAGGGACUCGAGCCCGUGUGUUUCGAACGCGGGGACUAUAUCGGUGGGCUAUGGCAUUACACUGGUGAAAGUCAGGAUAAUCAGGCGUGUGUGAUGAAGUCUACAGUGAUAAACACGUCGAAGGAGAUGAUGUGUUACAGCGACUUUCCUAUACCCGAGGAAUACCCUAUAUACAUGCACAACACGUGCGUGGAUCAGUACUUUCGCCAAUAUGCUGACAAGUUUCAACUCAAGAAAUACAUCAACUUUAAUACAGAAGUACUGUCAGUGACACCAACAAGUGAUCAUGAAGAAACUGGCGAAUGGGAGAUUAAAACGAAAUCUAAAACUUCUGAUGAAAAAGAAACUCACGUCUUUCAAGGCGUUCUUGUGUGUACCGGCCAUCACGCUGAAAAGAAUGUACCCGAAUUCCCCGGUUUGGAUAAGUUCAAAGGAAAGGUGACGCAUACACACGAAUAUAAAGAUUUCCAUGGUUACGAAGAUAAGAAUGUUUUAAUAAUUGGUAUAGGAAAUUCAGGCGGUGAUGUAGCUACAGAGCUUAGCCGUAUAUCUUCAAAGGUCUAUAUGAGCACACGUUCUGGAUCGUGGCUUUUUAAUCGUAUAUCUACGAAUGGUAACCCCGUCGACAUGACCAACACAACACGAUUCUAUCAGGGUAUAUUUGAUAUGUUUCCUGCGUUUGGUGAAGCGACUAUGGCCCUGCAGCUCAGCAACAGGUUCGAUCAUAAGAAGUAUUGUCUGCAGCCAAAGCAUGGUCCACUGUCUGCUCAUCCUACAGUGAAUGAUGAACUUCCAAACAGAAUAGCUGCAGGUGGUGUAAUCAUAAAAGCUGACGUUGCUAAGUUUACAGAGACUGGCGUAGAGUUUGUAGACGGUACUACAGUCAACGAUUUAGACUGUGUUGUUUUAGCUACGGGUUAUAUAUUUGGUUUCCCAUUCAUAGACAAGUCUGUCCUAGAAGUAAAAGAUAACCGAGUUAAUCUCUACAAAUGGAUGUUUCCACCAGACAGGACAAAACAUACCCUUGCAAUCAUCGGUUGUGUUCAACCAUUUGGCGCAAUAAUGCCUCUUUCAGAGUUACAGUGUCGCCUUGCGACCCGUGUUUUUAAGGGUAUUACAAGACUACCGGAACGCUCAGAAUUAUGGCGGGACAUCAGAGAAAAACAGGAUGCCAUGGCCAACAGAUACAAGAAAUCACAACGUCACACUAUUCAAGUAGACUUUAUACAGUUUAUGGAUGACCUCGCCAAGUUGGUUGGCUGCAAACCGGACUUAAAGCAACUUUUACUGAAGGAUCCUAUAUUGGAUAUUAGAUGUAUAUUUGGGCCAUGUACGCCUUACCAGUUCCGUCUGACGGGACCAGGUAGAUGGACAGGUGCCCGACAAGCGAUUAUGACUCAAUGGGACAGGACGUAUAAGCCGCUCCAAACGAGACCAUGUGAUGCAAGGUCAUACAAAUUCAUCGCAACAGUAUACUUGUUAAUUGCCCUUGCUGUUGUGAUAUUUUUGUAUUUUGCUGUAUAAUCAGAAGCAUUACAAUAACUAACUUAUCAUUUACUUGAUGAACGGUAAAUAAAAUGGAAGACAGAUAUUUUGUUCUGGAACAUUUUAUUUUGUUUACGUACAAUAAUAAAUGUGUUUAGCAACACAGGCAUUUAAUGCUAACUCUCUUUCGAGAAUCGAACAUAAAACAAUUGAAACGAGAUAAUAUUAAUGUUAAAAAACUUUAUAAGAAUAUUUCCUUAUAGCCUUUAAAAUUAUGCCUGUAGGACUAAGCUGUAAUCUGGCGCUUUGUUGUAUGAAAACAUGUGUAUAUAGAUAAAAGAUUAUAUGUUCGGAUUUUAAAUACAUCUGUAUCACUUCAUUAAGAGAUAGGUCCUCUCGUGUUUUUCUCCGAAUAGUUAGUUCAUUAUUUGCCCCUUUGCUCAAAGGUACAUUUCUAACAAAAACUCGUGCGGAACAAUGCAUUAAGUCUGAUUUAUUUCUGGCUUUCCAUGUUGGCUAUAAACAUUGUAUAUGUUUAAUGCUAAAUAGAAUUUAUGUUAUGUUAUGUUAUGUUAUGUUAUGUUAUUUAUUACUGGCUAAUAAAGCUGGGGGAUGUGGGUUAAUUCAAACUUUCUGGUGAUGCCAACAUUUAAUGAGCAAUUGUUACGCAAUUAACAAAACACUUCUUUAUAAUCGAUUGCUUGAUCCAGCCACAGUAGUCUUGAACUUACGAAUUCUACGUUGACAUCUCGUCAUUGCUAGCUUAGUAGCCUGUAUAUGAAGUCUAUACAAUUGACUCAUUCUCGUAUUUGUAGAAUAUAUAUAUAUACAUA